UAGCAUCCUACUCCCCCUCCCACCAUCCCCUGCUGCUGUCUCAGCUCUGUUUGAGCAGAGAAAUCCAGUGGGGAAGCUGCUUUGGGCUCAAGCAAAAGUAUUCUCUCAAAAAUUUGCUUUUACCUCCUAAAAGCAGAAAGCUGGAGGUACAGGGGCAGGACAAUGUGUCUCUUUGUGGUGUGUCUGCUCAGUGUCUUGGGGCUGACUGCUCCUGAGCACUACACCGUGGAAGACAUCUGCACUGCAAAGCCACGUGACAUCCCAGUGAACCCUAUCUGCAUCUAUCGCAACCCUGAAAAGAACCCCCAGGAGGGUGAGGGGCAAGAGCCAGCAAAGGACAAGCUCCCGGAGUCCACCAACCCCCGGGUCUGGGAGCUGUCAAAAGCCAACUCUCGGUUUGCUGUCAUCUUCUACAAGUACCUGGCUGACUCCAAGGACAAUGGGGAAAACAUCUUCAUGUCACCCCUCAGCAUUUCCACGGCUUUUGCCAUGACCAAACUUGGAGCCUGUGGUAGCACCCUCCAGCAGCUCAUGGAGGUCUUUCAAUUUGACACCAUUUCAGAGAAAACAUCAGAUCAGAUCCAUUUCUUCUUUGCCAAGCUGAACUGCCGCCUUUACAAGAAAGCAAACAAAUCCUCAGAUUUGGUAUCAGCCAACCGUCUCUUCGGGGAGAAAUCUUUAAGCUUUAAUGAGACUUACCAGAACAUCAGUGAAAUCGUUUAUGGAGCAAAACUCUGGCCCUUGAACUUCAAAGAGAAGCCAGAACUUUCCAGGCAAAUCAUUAAUGAGUGGGUGGCUAAUAAGACAGAGAAGCGCAUUACAGAAGUGAUCCCAGAAAAUGGUAUUGAUGAUCUCACUGUCUUGGUCCUGGUCAACACCAUUUAUUUUAAGGGGCACUGGAAAUCACAGUUCCCAGCUCCAAAUACAAAACUGGAUAUAUUUCAUAAAGCCAGUGGUGAGACCUGCCAAGUCCCAACUAUGUACCAGGAGUCCAAAUUCCACUACACAUUCAUUGCCCAGGACAAAGUCCAGGUGCUGGAGCUGCCUUACAAAGGGGACGAUAUCACAAUGGUGCUGGUCCUGCCCAGUGCUGGGACACCGUUGGAGAAAGUGGAGCGAGACUUGACAUCAGAGAAGCUGCAGGACUGGAUACAUUCCAUGAAGGAGAUGUCUCUCUUUGUCUACCUCCCUCGCUUCCGUGUUGAGGACAGCUUCAGUGUCAAGGAAAAGUUGAGGAAAAUGGGGCUGGAAGAUCUCUUCAGUCCAGAAAAUGCUAGACUCCCAGGUAUCAUUGCAGAGGGCCGCACAGACUUGUAUGUGUCUGAGGCUUUCCACAAAGCCUUCCUUGAGGUGAAUGAAGAAGGCAGUGAGGCCUCAGCUGCUACAGCUGUCACCAUCUCUGGCCGUUCUUUCCCUAUGAACAGAAAAAUCUUCAAUGCCAACAGGCCCUUCCUGCUUUUCAUCCGGGAAGCUACCCUCAACACAAUCAUCUUCAUGGGCAGGAUAGCUGAUCCUUGCUCCUAAAGGAGCUGUUGUGCUCCAGGCUCUGGAGAUGGACACUGGUGAAAGAGGAGGGCUGAGGAAAUGCCUGGGUCUCCUUAGCAUGGCACUGAACCAAAAUGCUUCCCCUGCCAUAGGCAGCAUCCAAAACUUGACCUGCAGCAAGAGCACAGGGCUUGUUCCUCCUGGGGAAACUGAAAAUGGCUGAGCCUGCUGAAGAGGUGAGACAAAACUCAUGCAACAAGGACAGAAGCCAUUUGAGUUGCCAGGAACAAUAGCCUGGCACUGUGCAACCUCUCUCAAGCUGCUCAGCUUAGGACAGUGGGGAGCUGCCCACAGCUGAGAUCAGGUGGAAAAUCCACAUUGGGUCAGUACCAGUCAGCCAUAAGACACAAACAAGGACCUGAGUAUUAAACCAUUUAAUUCUCAAACCACUCACAUGCAUAAUGUUCUUUUACACAGUGUUAAAAGAAAGAAGAAAAUUCAUUUUUUUUAAUACAAACAGAAUUUCAAGUAUACAUUUAUAGCAUUUUCCAAAUUCUUACCCAAGUUGCUAAAUUUUCAUUCACAUUGUUCUUAAAGCUGUCCAAUGAGAGCGCUUUUUGCUAAACUGCUUUCAAUGCAAUUGUACAGUCCCCUCUACCUUGGUUUUCUUUCCCCCUUUCCCAAUUCUGGUUCCCCUUCUACCUCUGCUCACUCCCCUCCAGCAGUGCUGGCCGUCCCUGGACACAAUGGCCAUGGAACUUCUGUUUGCCAGCACCCGCUGGAAGAGGAAAAGGGAAGCAGUCAUGGAGGGCCAGUUUGGAAACAGCUUGCAAAAUCACUGAAGAACAGUCUGAUAUCCACAAGUUACAGAAGGCUUCAGCCUACUCUAGACUAGUCUGAACACUGACUUCUUUUUCUUGAAAUAAGGACUGCAAUCAAAAAUAAAAUAAUAAAGAAUAAUUAGUACAGCAGGAAAUUUCUUAACUGUGAAAUUAAGUCUUGAGUAUUAGGACACCUGUCCUAACAAGGUUUGGUUUACAGGUCACUAGCUGAAGGUGACAGCAAAAUUUCUGUUACAAAUGGUUACUCUGCAAACCAGCUCACAGCAGAAUCAAUGUGGGACACACAAACUUGGAUUAAAAAAGAAAAAAAAACCAAAAGAACUGACAAGGGCUCCAUAGUCAUGUUAUGGAAAAACCCCACAACCCCAGUAACAGUUUUCUCCUGGCUUUGCUGUUCAGCUUAGCUCAGCCCUGGGCCACCAGCCGGGUUGUAACUGGGUGCAACUUCUGACCCGUUAAAAAAUGGGGUUUAAAUCUUCUUGAUAGGCAAGGGUGGGUUUCUCUUGACACAUUAUGAAGUCCCUUAACAGCCACCAGCCCCAUCAGUGCUUGGGCACAGUGGGGCUACUCCAGGUGGUGUGGGGGCCAUGCUGGCCUGGGGGGCUGCUGGAGGUAGAGCUGCCAUGCCCAAGUGUCUGGCAACAUUGCUCCCCCCAAGCUGUGGCUGCCCUGGAGCUGCCUGCCUGUACAGCUGUGUCCCAAGCCAGCCACAGCUGUACUCAUCUGACCAGUUAAAGUGCAUUGCGGCAGAAAAGGGUUUGCUUUUUACUUUUUUUUUUUUUUUUUUUAAAGAGGAACCUAUUUAAAGUGCUGUUCUAGUUUAGAAAGGGACUCUGUUUAGAAAAAACAAUGGCACCUUUUCACAUGAGAGAUUUCCUCUCUGUAUGUGUGUGUGUGUAUAUAUAUAUAUAUAAAUAUAUAUAUAUAUUUGCAGAGUCAGAUCCGCUAAUGAACAAUAUAUAAAAGUGUUUCUAUAUUAUCUUAUUGCUUUUUUUCUGCUUUUUUUUUUUUUUCUUUUUUUUUUUUUUUUUUUAUUGUUGGCUGCUGUUUGGAGGCAGGAGGGAGAUGGAUACUCCUUUUACCUUCCUCACCAUUAACUGAUUUCCUAGUACAGGAAUGUGGUCUUACAGCUCUAGCCCAGAGGACAGUUCACUGUCAGGCAGCACAGAGGAGGUGACAAAGUCCCCCUGAACUGUCAGAGUCCCUUGGCCAACCUGCAAAGGGUCACAGUAAGGAACUGGAGGCCAAGAAGGACUGUGUGUACCCCAAAGGACUCCCAUUGCCCCUCCCAGAUGCCAUUUUCAUUAGAGUCACUUUACAGAGCAGACUUGCAUUUCUGAAACACAGAGGUAAGGAAAACAAAUCUCUUUAAAGUGAAAGCUUUGCUGCUAGAGUGUGUUGUGUAGUGUGGUAACCUCAGCACUCCAAGAGAGAGAGGUAGUUACUGUCCUGUGAAUACACUGCUGCUGAAUGCAACUACAUUUCUGGAGUGAUUGCUCAAAAA